AUGUCUAGGAGCCUGAAGCAAGUGGCUGUGCUGCUUGUGGCACUUCUGUGCCUGGAUCCUCAUGGCCGUGUCGGAUCUGCACCUAUCUGUGCACACGGGCCAUCAGGAUGCCACGUCCCGUCUCUGGCAGAUCUGUUCGACAGGGUCAUCCAGCACUCGGCCCGGAUGCACAGCCUCUCCAAUGACCUGCACUCAGAGUUUGAACAGUAUUUCCUGCCCAGCAAAAACCACAUAGGAAAGAUCUACCGCAAGUGUCACACCUCCAGCAUACUGACUCCAAAUGGCAAAGAGAAUGCACAGAAACUUGCUCGUGAAGAGUUGACGGAGGUGAUCCUCAAGCUGCUUCUGGCCUGGAGGGAUCCUCUGUUUCAGCUUCACCAGAGUAUGGCCCACCAGCAGGACUUCAACAGCUUCAGCAGUAACAAGGCCCUGGAGAUGGGAGACAUGGCCCAUGAGCUCAGGAAAGGCGUGGAGAAAGUGGCCGAAAAGAUGCGUGUGCUGGGGAUGCUUGGGAACUCAGUGACAGGUCUGUCUGCAGCUGAAGCCAUGCUUCCGAUUUCAGACAGCGGAGAAGCCAUGAGUGACUACGAUCUCCUCUACUGCUUUCGCCGCGACUCCAACAAAGUCCAGAACUAUCUCAAAAUCCUCAAGUGCAGAAUCGUACCCGAACAUGACUGUUAG